AUGCAUUCUUUCGAGUGCUUAUAUGUUUGUUUGUUUGGGGUGAAGCUACGCAUUUAUUUCGUCAAUGCGCUUGUAAAUUAUUUUCACGUGAGGGCGAAAAGCAAAACAGAAAUGACAUAUCUCAUGUAUGUCUAUGUUGCUAUAACGAACCUGAGAACAGGCAUUUGUAACAGCAAUAAAAAUGAGGCUUAUGAUUUGAAUAAAACUCGCCUCGAACAAGGUUGA